CAAGAUAUUUGGACACCAUAGAAUUGAUUCACCUUACCAUUUGCAGCUUUUGUCAUGGAUUCAAGGUGCAUUAUUUCAUCUCCCUCUUCACAUUUGCGUCUCAAAAUCCAGACAAAUGCAAAAGCAAAUUCAUCAUGGGCAAGAAAUCCACAUAGGAACACAACCACCACCACCAGCACAACAUCAACAACAACAACUGUCUUUAAACUGAGCAACAGAAGCUACCACAACUGUUUGUGCUACCUCCACUGGCAACAGCAAAAGCCAGUGAUAAGAAGGAAGCCUUGUGCAAGAAAGGCCCAGAAAUUCUCCACUGGACUAAGCAAAAAAGCUAGCAAAGUAGCCAAGAAGAAAGAGGGUACUGUUGCUGGUGCAGUUGCUCUUAUUAUUGGCACUAGUAUUGGUACUGGAAUUCUUGCACUUCCAGAGAAAGCCUUACCUGCUGGAAUUAUUCCAAGUUCUAUAUCAAUAAUAGUGUGUUGGAUUUUUCUCCUGAUUGAAGCAUUUUUGUUGGUUGAAAUUAAUGUGGCUUUGAUGAGUAAGAAAGGAAGGAAAGAGGAAGAGAAUGAGUUGAAUGUUAUUUCUAUCAGAACCAUGGCCCAAGAAACACUUGGGGACUGGGGUGGAACAAUAGCUACUAUUGCCUAUGUUUUCUUGGGAUAUAGUUCCAUGGUUGCAUAUAGUUCCAAGUCUGGGGAGAUCCUUUUCCAACUCAUCAAUCUCCCAGCACCAGUUUCAGGCUCUCUAUUCACUACUCUCUUCACAAUGCUUGUCUCAAUUUGGGGAACUCGCGCCACUGAUCGAGUCAAUCAGUAUCUAACUGCUUCCAUGAUUGGUUUGUUGUUGGCUGUUGAGGUGCUAGCUGUUGUGUUUGGGGGAUGGUCAGGAGUUGGGAGCGUUAGUGACUGGACAAAAAUUCCACCAACUAUACCAAUCAUUAUCUUUUCCCUAGUGUUUCAUGAUAUAACCCCAUUUCUUUGUGCUUAUUUGGAUGCUGACCUUCGUCGAAUAAAAACUUCAGUUUUUCUUGGUGCUCUUGUGCCACUGGUGGCAGUGCUUGUCUGGGAUGCAGUUGCACUUGGCCUUGCAGCUGAAGCAGAACAAGUGGUUGAUCCGGUUGAGUUGUUAUAUAGGUUGAGAAGUAAUGGUGUUUCAAUUAUGGUUGCUGCCUUCUCACUUUUGGCACUAGGUACAUCACUUAUUGGCACCCUCCUAAGCUUCUCUGAGUUCUUCAAGGAGCAAAUUAAAAAUGGAACCUGGAAUUUGCCUUCCUCAGAAAAGGGGAAUUGGUGGGGAAGGAAUAGAUUUAAUGUCACAGCUGUGACAUUGGUAGUUGUUCCCUCUCUCUUUGUCUCAACAACAUUUCCGGAUGCAUUCUCUGCUGCCACAGAUAUUGCUGGGGGCUAUUGCAUGACAGUUCUUUAUGGAGUUCUCCCUCCAGCAAUGGCAUGGGCAAUGCACAAGAAAGAACCUGACCUUUGUGGUCAAAAGGAACUAUUAAAUGCAAAUGUAGCACUUGUUGUGGCUGAACUAUUUGCAUGUGGCAUUGUGGUGGAGCAAAUCCUGCAAUAUAUACUAGCUUUGCACUCAUAAAUACCUUUUUCAAUUUUCAUGUUUGAACAUAUAUCAAAGUUCUCUGGAGGGUUUUCCUGCUCAUGCCUGCUUUGCAAUAGAAUCAUGUGUGCUGAAUUUGAAGGAAAGGAGAGAUUUGCCAUAAAGUUUGGGGUUGAAGC